AUGCCGAGGGAGUGGCAGUGGAUCCCUUGGGCUUGGCGUAUGAGCCAAGCUCAGCUUGACGCCUCCCAGCUUCAACGGCCGAGUAAGCUGCCUAAGCUUGACAAUCUUUUCGUGGACGAAGUGCCUGUCCGUGACCUUCCACAUGGCAACAACCCAGCUUCAGAAGGCAUCCUUCGUUCUGUGCUCUCAAUUCACUCCAAUGCCAUAGCCCUGGUGGAAGGUGCACAUCUUGGCGUCCUUCGCCUCUAUGAGAAGCGUUUCUUGAAGUUGGCCCUGCAGCGCUUCGAGAAUGGCUCUGGCUUGCGCUCUGUCAAUGUUCAGGAGGCGAUGAAUGCAGAUCGUCGAGCUUGGGAAGUGAUUGGUGAUUUGCUGGCUCAUGGCUGGCAGCUUGACGACGCGAUCUCUGAAGUUGUGGAGGUCCGAAACGAGCUGUCCUCAAUGCUUCAAGCUCGUCCUUGGAUUCCGAAGUUUGAGCCUUCUCGGGGCAAGGGCGGGUUCAAGGGCAAGCCUCCCGGCAAACCUAAGGGUAAGGGUAGGGGGUUUGGCCUUAAAGAAGCUUUUUCAGGCAAGGAACGAACACCCUGGGCAACAGAGAUCGUGCGCAACAACGAGGUCCAGAAGAUCUGUGUUCAGUACAAUCUGCCUUCAGGGUGCCAGCGACCCGCUUGCAAGUUUCUCCAUGUUUGCUGUGUUGCCAAGCAGGACGGCACCCCUUGCGGAUCUGCUGGCCAAAUUCCUUGGUGCAAGCGGCUUUUCUUUGCGGCUUUACUUUCGGUCUUGGUGGCAUUUUUGGGCGAUUUGAACUUUUCGAGGCGUGAGCAUGUGGUUCAGUCCACGGACUCUUCAGCUUAUCUCAACUUUGGAUACCGCUCAGGGACACAGGUCGGCAUUUGCAAUCUGACUUGGGAUUUUCCAGAGCUUGUCUCUUUCAUCAACCUUUGCUUGAGGCGAGCUUUCCCUGGGAAGAGUUGGGCUUCGAUUUGCGUGUCCCAUAACUCUUUUGCAAAGCUACACAGUGAUUCAAGGAAUUUGUACGGCUCUGAAAACCAUGUGCUUUCUCUGGGCCAACAUGUCGGUGGCCUUCUUUGGUUGGAGGGUGCAUUGGAACAGCCCGCGCCUCCCCCAUCUUCUCAGUCCGUGGAUUGCUCCGGCGGCCUGGUGAACAUUCAUGAAAAGCCUUUUUCUUUUAACCCACGUCUUCUUCAUGGUUCUUCUGAGUGGGUUGGAGAUCGAUGGGUGCUGAUCGCGUACACCCCGCAAGUUUUCCAAUCUGCGUCAUCCGAAGAUUUAUUGCAGCUGCAGUCGCUAUCUUUUCCAUUCCCUGGGGCUGAGACCACAUCUUCGGCGGCACUUUCACCAUCGCCAUCGCCAGUGCCUUUGGCGUCAGAUACAAAGCUUUUCCUGGACCUCUGCUGUGGCUCUUCGGCUCCUUUCUCCACGGCAGUACGUGCGCUGGGUAUUCCUUGUCUUGCAGUUGAUCCACUUUUUGGGGAAGGUUUGGACCUUCUUCACGAUGAGACUUUUGAUAGACUUCUGGCUUUGGCUCACAAUGGUGUCUUUAAACUGGCACAUGCUAGUCCACCCUGUGGCGAAUUUUCGCUGGUUAAGCUUCGAGAAGACGGUGGGCCUCGGGCUAUCCGCACUCCAGAUGAGCCUUAUGGCAGGUCUGAUCUUACUGAUGCAGAGUCCGAACGUUUGCGUACUAGCUUUUCUUUGGCAACCCGUUGCAUAUCUUUGCUGCUGGCAGUCUUUGAGUCAGGUGGCCAAACCUGUCUUGAACAUCCCAGGAACUCUAUGCUUUGGCUUUUGAAGGAGGCUCAGUUCUACCUAAACUCCGUGGCGGCUGAUGUGGUCGUCACAUCCGCUUGCCAGUGGCAGCAGGAUUGGUUUAAGCACUGGGCGUUUGCGACAUCUCUUCGAUCACUUCAGAGCCUGGCUGGCGUUUGCCCACAUGGGAAGGAUGCACACGCACAGAUCUGGGGCGUCAAAGAUGAGACUGGGCAGCAUCUGUCUCGCUUGACGGCCACGUACCCGGAGAGUUUGGCCAGCGCCUUUGCCCAGCAUGUGCUUCCUUUAUUUACGCCGCUGCCAGACGCAAACUUCGUUGUCUUGCAGGAAUGUAUGCAGCUGCUUCCACGCAAACCUAUGUCAGCUUCCUUUCCAUGUGCUACCCAGGAUGGGGGGGGGAUCUUCAGCAUGCCAGAUUGGUCUUCGCCACAGCCAGGCAAGGAUGAUGUCCUACGUGAAGUACGCCACAAGCUACAUGCAAAGCUUUUGCAGCUUCGUGCUCCACAACGCCUCCGGGAGCAUGUAGCAAAUAAUACAAACUCCCCGCUGUUCACUUCAGAGGAGGUUUUCGAACUGCGUGCAAUUUGGGAUGCGGUUUUGGCACCAUCUUCUGGUUUGGAUUGGCAAGUUUCGGUUGGGCAGCCUUAUUCUCUGUCAGCUUUGGAGGCUGUGGCAUCCUUCAUUUCUGAUAAAGAUGUGUCGCUAUGGCCAUGCUUGCAUGAUGGGGUGCCGACAGGGUACCGUCGCAAUAUACCUUUGUCUGGGGUUCUGAUUCCGCUGGAGUCAAACGACUUCGAUCCGCCACCUCUUCAACACUGCACUGGUAACUGGAGUGAGGCAGAAAAGGAUCCGGAUUUGUUCCGUGAGCUCAUUGAGCAGGAGGUGGCUGCUGGCUUCUUGGAAGAGGUUGGUUCACUGGAGACGGCGCAGUCACGUUGGCCGAAUCUCACUGCCGUGGGCAAGUGCAACAUUGUCAAGCAUCCUAAAGCUCCUCGCUUGAUCAUGGACAGUUCUAUAUCCAAUACAAAUGCUGGUUGCUACAUUCCGGAGCGCUACAUGAUGCCGUCUCUGCAGGAUAUUCGUGCAUCAUGGCCCCUCAGGGGGGAUGAUACAGAUUUUCUGGCAUUCGCAAUGGAUAUCAAGGGGGCACACAAAACAAUCCGAAUACACCCAGACGAAUGGGGCCUCAAUAUGCUGCAGCUGGCGUCCACAUGCUUUGCAUAUAAAUGCUGCCCGUUCGGCGCAGCGUUUUCAGCCUUUUGGUGGACUAGGCUUUCAGCCUUCUUCAUACGAUUCCUGCAUUUGCUGAUUUUCUUGAAGCAUUCCCUGUGCGCUUACGUGGAUGAUUUUUACAUGGUUCAACCUUGCGAAGUGGCAGCUUUGACAUCGUCGAUGAUACUUUCUGUGUGCCAGUGCGUCAAUAUACCUCUCUCGUGGGCCAAAUUACAGUUUGGUGCACGUGUGGUUUGGAUAGGCUGGUCGUUUAACCUGCGCUCACACUCCUUUCAUCUGCCAUACGAGAAGCUCGAGAAACUGCGUGCAAUGCUAUCGGCACUGCUCAAAGGCGACUUCACUACGCGGCAUGAAUUGGAGAUCGUUGCCGGUUAUUUGCAGUGGGUUUUCCAGAUGCACAAACUGCUUAAGCCUUGGUUGUCAUGUUUGUACGAUGACAUGCGUCGUCCAGUUGCAACUUCAUACUCCGUGGAGCCUUCACAGUGGAUUGAGCUCAUUUCAUGCAUUUCAGAUGACCUUCUGGUCCAGCGGCAAUUACCUGGCGCAGCGCUCCCUCUUGGUGGUCGUCUUCUUUCGGUGAAACAUCAGGCCUUGCGCAGCAAAGCAGAUCUACGACGUGUUGGUGUUUCACCAAAGCGUAUCUGGCUUCGCAUCACCAAUCCUGCAUCAUCCAAGCGUCGACUUUCGCAUCAAUCAAAGGUCUUCCUGCGAUACUGGCAGCAAUGGGCACAGAUGCCUUUCUUUUCACGCCCACUGGCUAUGCCGCCUCGCUGGCUCCCAGACGCUUUCGCUGCAGAUGCCUGCGCUUCUGGCAACAAGAUUGGGAUUGGCGGCUUCAUCAAGAUGGGGGAUGCACCUGCAGUGUGGUUUUCUGAGGUAUUCAGCCUUCGUGCUCUUCAGAAACUGAUCUCUGAUCUACCGUCAGUUGCACAAGAGGCCAUCACGUGCUGGGAGACUUUGGCCCAAAUGGGGCUUGUUCUUCUUUUGGCUUCAUGCUUUCCUGGCGGACGACUUAAGAUCUGUGUACCUUCUUGGUGCGACAAUACUGGGGCGGAAUCUACAUCGAACAAGUUGUUCUGCACAUCUCUUCCCCUGGCUUUCUUUGCGCAAAAGCUUUCGCUUCUUUCUUGGCAUACUGGCAUUUCUCUGGAUGUUCAUCACGUUGCUGGUUUCGAAAACACUAUUGCUGAUCAUCUGUCACGGUGGAUGGAAGGCGAGGAGCUGCCAUCUGGUUUUUCAUUGGAUGAUCGUUUUCGGCUUUCAUGGGAAAUGCUUUGGCAUUUCAAACCUGAUGUUCGCAUCUGGCCUGAGUCACACGGCCUUCUUUGGCAACCGCAAUCUUUUGCUUUUUCUUGA